CUCUGUGAGUGCUCGUCGAAUUUCCAGCUUUCUCACUGAUGUGGAAUACUGCCGUUCAUGAUGGCCCUGGAGACGAGAAAUGUCACCAGAGUGGAAGUGCAAGCACAGGCCCAUCGCGAUGUCGAGGAUGGCCGAAAGACUCUAGUCCCGCCCAAGUAUCUGGGGACGGCGACUGAUCAACGAGACAUGAGUGAUCUGGGCCGAGUGCAGGUCCUACGAAGAAACUUCCGCUUCAUUUCGAUCCUGGGGUUUGCGUGCACUCUCAUUGCGACGUGGGAAGUGAUCUUGACGUUUUUGAACGUUGGCCUGAUGAAUGGAGGACCGGCCGGGCUGGUAUGGGGCUUCAUCAUCGUCACUGCAGGAUUCUCCCUCGUCUUUGCCAGUAUAUCCGAGAUGGCAUCCAUGGCUCCCACAUCAGGUGGACAGUAUCACUGGGUAUCCGAAUUUGCUCCUCGUCGAUGUCAGAAAUUUCUCAGCUAUAUAACAGGAUGGCUCUGCGUCAUGGGCUGGCAGUGUGCAAUCGUGUCCAUUGCCUUUCUCGCCGGGACGAUCAUCCAAGGGCUCAUCGUGCUGGACGAUCCCACGUACGAAUUCCAACGCUGGCAUGGUACGUUGCUGGUCGUCGCCAUAACGGGCUUCUCGAUCUUCUUCAAUACCUUCCUAGCCAAGAGCCUGCCCAUGGUGGAGGGCCUGAUAUUGAUCCUGCAUGUGGUCGGACUCUUUGCCAUUAUCAUUCCACUGUGGGUGCUGGCGCCUCGAAACAACCCUCGAGCAGUCUUCACCGAAUUCUACAACGGCGGCGGAUGGAACGGCGAUGCCACCGCGACGAUGGUUGGGCUGUCCACGACCAUCACCUCGAUGAUCGGCUAUGACUGCUCGGUUCAUAUGUCCGAGGAGAUCAAAGAUGCGUCUGAAACCCUGCCGAACGCCAUGAUGGCCGCCGUCGGCGUCAACGCCGUCCUGGGUUUCACCAUGAUAAUCACCAUCUGCUUCACCAUGGGCGACGUCAGCGGCAUUCUAGCUACCCCGACCGGCUACCCCUUCAUCCAGAUCAUCCAGAACACGACGCGCAGCUACACCGCCACCAACACGAUGACCUCCGUGUUGAUCCUCACCCUAACCGCCAGCACCAUCACCGAGGUCGCGACGGCCUCGCGCCAGCUCUGGUCCUUCGCCCGAGACGGCGGCGUCCCAUUCUCCUCAUUCUUCUCCUACGUCACUCCAACCUGGAACAUCCCUCUCAACGCCGUCCUCGUCUCCCUAGCCGUCACCAUUCUCCUAUCGCUAAUCAACAUCGGGUCGCUCGUCGCCCUGCAAGCCAUCAUCUCGCUGACCAUCACCUCUCUUAUGUCCGCCUACAUCAUCUCGAUCGCCUGCGUCCUGCUGAAACGUCUUCGGCACGAGCCUCUGCCGCCGCGCCGCUGGUCCCUCGGCCCCUUUGGGCUGGGCAUCAACGUCGCCGCGCUGGUCUUUCUGCUGCCGAUCUUCGUGUUUGCGUUUUUUCCGCUCACGAGGGAGUUUGAUGCGAAGAGCAUGAACUGGGGGUGUGUGAUGUACGUGGGGGUGAUUUGUUUCGCGUCGGCGUAUUAUGUGGUUCAAGGGCGGAGGCAGUUCAUUGCGCCGGUGGCGUUGGUGAAGAGGAGGUAGAUAGAUGGAUGGGAUGUUCUGGGUGCGAUGAAUGACUUCAGAUGAGGGUGCAUAUGACGAAUGAAUGGAAGCUACCUACCUCGGUAGGGUAGGUAGGUAGACUUUCUGAGAUUCUUCGUCGAGAAUGAAUCCAGCAAGGGGUGGUCACAAGGCCUCCCUCAAGUGAGUGGCGCUGAAACUCGCUGCAUGUUUGAUGAUCAUAAAACCAUUUUAAAACACACCUACCUUCUUCCAGACCCAU